GACUGCUGCCCGGUAGCUGUGUAUCGGCUUCUGAGCAGCGCUAGCGUUAGGCUGUUCUAAACCAGAUCAUAAGCUGUCCGGUAUACUUGCUCAAGGACUGUUUCAUAGUUAAUCUCCGCUAGUGAUAUUUCGUGUCUUUUUUUACGUUAUUUAUUUUUUCAUGCAUUCGGCGUGAUCGAGUCGCAUGUUUGUUCGCCAAUGUUAAACUGCCUCUGGAUCAAGGACAUUUACCGAUCGCGGAAAGUAACUGAAGCGUCGUUAUAGGAAACAACGACGGACUGCAUCUACCUGAAACAGUGCCACGAGCAGAAGACAUUUACCAAAACAGUAACAACGGGAAUAGUGUUGACCUGCCGGCCUGACGAAGUUAAUAGCAUAUCUUAAAAGAGGCGACGCGCUUUUUAUUACUGUUUACAUUUAUCUGGUUGGGCAUUCCCUCGUCGUUAUGCCGAGUCUGCGACAGUCGUACACAGUUACCGUACCCGAGGACCCCCCGACGGCUGCUUUCCCCUUCAUCAAGCAGGAUGCGCGCAGGAAAAGUCCGCCGUUGUCGCGGUCUAUGCUUGUAUCUACGUUUUUAGGACUUCUCAUCAACCAAGCGAAGAACUCUAAGAACACUCAGGGCCUGGUGGGUCUCAGGAACCUAGGCAACACCUGCUUCAUGAACUCCAUCCUUCAGUGCCUCAGCAACACACAUGAUCUGCGCGACUACUGCCUGCGCAACACACACCGCAUUGAUCUGAACAACAACUGCCGGGCUAAGGCAGCACUCAUGGAGGAGUUCGCCAAGCUUACACAGACCCUGUGGACGACGGCAAGCAACGAAGCUGUGAGCCCCUCUGACUUCAAAACGCAGGUCCAGAAGUACGCGCCCCGCUUCAUGGGCUACAAUCAACAGGAUGCCCAGGAAUUCCUUCGCUUCCUCCUUGAUGGACUCCAUAAUGAAGUUAACCGGGGCUCAUUGAGGGCCAGAACACCUGUUGAGGAUUUUGAUCACCUUUCGGACGACGAGAAAGCUAAGAGAAUGUGGAACAAGUACCUGGAGAGAGAAGACAGUAAAGUAGUUGAUCUGUUUGUGGGGCAGCUGAAAAGUUCUCUGACGUGCAGCGAGUGUGGCUUUUGCUCGACCGUCUUUGAUCCAUUCUGGGACCUGUCUCUGCCCAUCGCCAAGAGCUCAGGAGAGGUAACUCUGAAUGACUGCCUUCGGCUUUUUACUAAGGAAGAUGUACUGGACGGGAAUGAGAAACCAACAUGCCAAAGAUGUAAAGCCAAGCGUAAAUGCACGAAGAAAUUCACCAUCCAAAAAUUCCCCAAAGUGCUUGUGCUUCAUCUGAAACGUUUCUCAGAGGCUCGUGUAAAGACCGCCAAACUGUCCACCUUCGUCAACUUCCCCAUCAAAGAGCUGGACCUGCGCCAGUUCGCCUCAGACAACAGUGUGAACGCCAUCUAUAACCUUUACGCCGUGUCCAACCACACAGGCACCACUCUGGGCGGUCACUACACGGCAUACUGUCGCAACCCUUCCUCGGGAGAAUGGUACACCUACAACGAUUCCCGGGUGAGCCCCAUGUCAUCCAGCCAGGUGCGGAGCAGUGAUGCCUACGUGCUGUUCUACGAGCUCACCAACUGCUCGCGCAUGUGAAUGGGCCCUGCCUCGACCUGCGCAAGGACACUGACACUUGGGACUCGACUACAGCCGCUGGCUGCUAUAGGACACUAGAGCCCUGAGGGCUGUCGCCAGGUCCUGGGCCUGUGGAUGUCUGCUCACAGGCCACGUCCUGGGACUAAGUUUCAGUGGAGGCCUAUGCUCUGAGCCCCAUACUGCGAUUGUUUCAAACGCAAGGUCCUGGAGAAAUGGCCCAACACAGUCGGAUUAAGGCUUAGGCUUGCUAAUUUCUUAGAAGCCUGGGACUUGAUUUUGAGACACAGCCCAGAGUGAGCUUCCAUAUAAGGGCUUCCCCAUCCUAUAUUCUGCCAGAGGGAGAUUGCUGCUGUUCAAGAGAUGGGGAUAGACAGAAAGACAAACUGGAACACUACCUCUCAUAACUGAGUGGGACUGUGCGAGUGUACGUGUGGGUGCUGCUUGUUUGCACGUGAGCGUGCAGACAGAUUUAGAAAAUCUCUAUGCACUAUUGACCUGGAGCUCUCCUCUGUAGGCAGUCACCAUGACAACACUUGCAUUAAUUUAUUAUUAUUCAUAGGGUUUUAUGUUUUACAUGUGGGUUGUGAAUAGGAGUCAUAGUGUGAUCUCAAAACCACCAUGACCAAGAAAAUAUUCUACAGUCACCCAUGGUGGAGAGUUGACACUAAAUGCAGCUUUGCAGGCACUAAGAACUGACAGACUCAUCUGUUUUUUUCCACUGGAUUUUUUUUUUUACCACAGCAUUCAGCUUAAUUUGGAAAAGAGCUUUCACAGCACAAUAACCCACCUGGUGUGUGUGUGUGUAUGUAUGUAUGUGUGUGUGUGUGUGUGUGUGUAAGACAGACAGUGUAUUUUUAUUAUUUAUGAAGCACGAAUAACGAAUGUAUGAACCCAAGGCAGCCAGGUCUGUUUCUAUGGAGAGCUUUCAGAGGAGUGCAUGGAAAGUCAUGUGAUUCAUACCAGAGAAUCGUGACACUCAUACAGGCGUAUAAUCCCCUUCAUGGGGAUCUGCAUAAGUACUUUUUGACUUUGUAAAAAGUCAGAGAGUUACAUGUAAAUAAAUGAACUAACAAACUACACCA